AUGGCGUCCAGGAAGAAGGUUUUGUUGAAAGUUAUCAUCCUUGGUGAUUCUGGUGUCGGUAAAACAUCGCUCAUGAACCAGUAUGUCAAUAAACGAUUCUCAAACCAGUACAAAGCCACCAUCGGAGCCGACUUCUUGACUAGAGAAUUGGUAGUUGAUGAUAGGGUCGUCACCAUGCAGCUCUGGGAUACAGCAGGUCAAGAACGAUUCCAAUCUCUCGGUGUAGCUUUCUACAGAGGUGCCGAUUGUUGUGUAUUAGUUUACGACGUCAACAGUAGUAAGAGUUUUGAAGCCUUGGAUGGAUGGAGGGACGAGUUCUUGGUGCAAGCCUCCCCGCACGAUCCCGAGAACUUCCCCUUUGUCGUUUUAGGUAACAAGAUUGAUAUGGAAGAAUCGAAGAGAAUGGUCUCUCAAAAGAGAGCUAUGACAUGGUGUCAAGCUAAAGGGAACAUCCCAUAUUUCGAAACAUCAGCUAAAGAAGCUAUAAAUGUAGAACAAGCUUUCCAGACUAUAGCCAAGAACGCUUUGGCUCAAGAAGCUGAAACUGAAUUAUACAACGAUUAUCCCGAUCCAAUCAGAAUCGAUUCUGAGAAUUCUCAGAACUACGGCUGUAAUUGUUAA